AGCGUUUGGAACGAUGGAAAAGAACCACUAACGAAAUUCACCGCGAAGCGGGCGAGCUCGACGGAAACACAUACCCAUGAUGCAUCAUUGAUAGCAACAUGGCGGAGAUGAUUGAAAAUGAAUCUGCUGAAACACUAUUAUCUAUAAAAAAUGGAGGAUAUCCAUCAGUUGAUGAGAUCAAAAGUGAAGUGAUUGAUGAUGAUACGAUGGAUAUGGAUGAUCAACAAAUUUCAAAUACUUCAACGGAUUCACAUAUGGACACUGAAGAAUCCGAUCCAAUCCCUGAACUUGGACCUGCUGCUUUAGGCUUACAAAGAGUAGGUAGUCAACCUCCCCCAAAACCAAAUCCUCCUAGCCAACCAGUCCAAGUUUUAAACCGAAGAGGAAUGCCAGCAAGAAUUAGAAAAAAAAAUAAAUUAUUUUAUGAUGAUAUACUAGUUAACCAUCCUCAUCAUAGAAUCAAAAAGGAUCCAUCACAUCCAGAUACAAAACACUCUCCUAAAAAGAUAUCUAGACCAUCUCCUGCAAAAAAGCAAAAUAGAGUAACUAAUGAGCCAAGGAAAAAUAAUAUAUUAAGCCAACCCAUAUCGUCUACAUUGACUCCUAUUAAACAAGAGAAAGAACCUGAUAAACCAAUGCAACCUUCAUCUCCGGAUCGUAAAAUUGGACAAAAGAUUGGUAUGAGAUUAAGAAAUUUAUUGAAAUUACCAAAAGCACACAAAUGGGUUUGUUACGAGUGGUUUUAUAGUAACAUUGAUAAGACUCUUUUUGAAGGGGACAAUGAUUUUAUGAUUUGUUUAAAAGAAUCUUUUCCACAAUUAAAAACUCGGAAAUUAACAAGAGUUGAAUGGUGCAAGAUAAGAAGAAUGAUGGGUAAACCACGAAGAUGUUCACAGUCAUUUUUUGAGGAGGAAAGACGAGAAUUAGAAAGAAAAAGACAAAAAAUUCGAAUGUUACAGCAAAGAAAAGCUGCAGAUGUUAACAGUUUCAAAGAUUUACCACCAGAAAUACCAUUACAGUUAGUAAUAGGAACCAAAGUUACAGCAAGACUGAGAAAACCACAAGAUGGUUUAUUUACUGGAAGUAUCGAUGCUGUAGAUACUAGUAAUAAUACUUACAGAAUUACAUUUGAACGUGCCGGGCUUGGAACUCAUAGUGUUCCAGAUUAUGAAGUAUUGUCAAAUGAACCACCAGAAACAAUAAGUGUAGCGUCGUUUGCACAAAAGUUUAGACCACGACAUGUACAAUAUGUACCAUCUCCACCGUAUGCUAUGAAAUUAAUGUCACCGCGUUUAAACAGUGAUCCUUUAAUAUCAAAUGCUUCUUUGUCUUUACCAAAAAAGCCUCAUAUUGGUGGAACAAUGAAUGGCUAUCCUUUGAAAUUAUUGGAAUUUAUGGUUAAAGUAAAUAAAAUAUUGGCUGCUAAAAAAGUUAAAAUUAAGAAAUUGAAAGAAAUGAACAGCGAAGCAGAAAAAAGACGUUCUUUUGGAGAACCACUUCCACCAGACUUUGAAAGAAGAUAUGCAGGUAUCGUGGUUGAGUUGGAAAAGAUGAAUACCGCUUUACAAGAUUUUCUUAAUGACGUUCAAGAACUUUGUCAAGAAAUGGCUCCAGAGCCUAGUGUGGCAGCUAUGUUGGCUCCUUCUCAUCUACGUGAAAAAUGUAGACAGGAAGCUGCAGAUAUGAUUGCGAGACAUAAUAGUGUCAAUGAUAGAGAACCUGGAAAGAUGUCUCAAUUAGUAACAGAUUUAACAGCUCUUAUGCUUCAAGUAAAGAGUUUAUCUGAUUCAGAUCGCAAUGCAUAUGAAUUAAAAGUGUUACAAGGCACAAUGGAACAAAUACGUGCGAAAUUAAGUCCACAAAAUCAACAAGUUUUCCAAAAUUGUGUAGAAAUACAUAUGCAACACAUACAAUUAGGUCUGGGACAAAGAGGUGCUUUAACGCCAUUUAUGGCUCAAAGAGCUUAGCAAAUAUGAAAGUCAUUUUCACUAAUACUUUCAGAGAAAUGUACAAUAUUAAAAUAGAUAUAAACUAUAAUAUUACACUAUUUUAUAAGAAAAAAUCCAACUUUAUUUUAUUAUCUUUUUGUAUAGGGCAUAUCAUCAUUAAAGAGUACCUUAUCUUAUUAGAAUAUAUAUAACUAUUGUUUUUUAAGUAACAUUCUAUAAAUGAUUUUUAGAAUAAUGUGCUGUGCUGUUAAUUGCAUUAAACAUUUAAAAAUGUUCAUGUUUAAAAGAUUUACAUGUCAACUUUACGAUUUCUACACAAUAAGUAAUUAAAUAUCUAUAAAUUAUUAAAUCGAAAAUAAAUUAAUGUGCUAUUGUAAAUAAAGCGUGCAUUUUGCAAUGGCAAUUUUCAUUAACUUUAUAUAGAAAUUUAUGCCAGCGAAAAAAAUUUUUUAUUUUGUAAAAAGGAAUUUAGUAUUUUCUGCUUAUAAAUAAUUGCUAAAAUUAAUAUAUAAUUAAUACAGUAGUAUUUUGAAAAAUAAUUUUCGAUAAAUGUACAUUAGGUAUAUGCACGAAUAUGGCAGAACCAAUUGUAAAUACACUAUAAAUGAUAUAAAAUAUAAAAUUUUUACAUUUAUUUUAUUCACACUAGCUAACAAUUUUUUAUUUAUACCAAUGUCUUAUUUUGAAAAAUCAUCAAAUAAUUAAUAUAAUAUGUGAUAAUUUACUUAAAAUAUUGUAAAUCCACUUAAUGGUUCUGUUUCUAAAAUUGUUACCAACACACUAAAUUAAGAACGUAGGUUAUAAAAAUUUGUCUGAUUCCAAAUAUUCUAUUGUCAUCAUAAAUAAAUUUAUAUAAAUGUUGUACUUAUUUCUCAUACAUAUAUUUUUAAUAAAGUAAAUACAAAUUU